AUGAAUGACGAAGAUAAAAAUUUACAUACAAUUGUUGAAAUCAAAGAUGAACCACAUAAUGGAAAGAAAAUUGAAGGACUUUUGCUCUCGCCGAAUUACACGUACGCAGCGACAUGGAGUGAAGAAGAUAAAUCAAUUUGCGGAUGGAAAUUUAAUGAUCCACUUUUUGAGUUUGAUCGUUCAAUAAGUGUCAACAAGAUUUGCGAGGAUUUAAAUUUGAAAACUUCUACAACUAGUGAAAAAUCUGAUAACGGAAGAAUUGUGAUUGUUGAUCAUAAAAAAGAGAAUAAAAUAAUAAAACUAAUAAUGUCAUAUUUAGACGAGCCAAUCGAAAAUUAUUGGCAUGGAAAUUGUAUGUUUUAUGAUAAUGGAGAUUUUGUACUAGAAGCAUUUACACCUAGAAAUUAUAUUCCAAAUAAUCUUAAAUUUUCGGUUAAAAAUUUAAGCAAUGACAGUUGGAAGAUUAAUAAUUCGAUUUUCAUAGAACCAGCAAAUUUCGCGUGGAAUUAUUUAAUAAACACUAAUGAAACUUUUAUACUUCUUGACACCUAUGGAGCAUUAACACAAUGGAAGUUAGAUAAGUUAUUAUUUGAAAAAAAAUAUCAAUUAGGAUUAAAUAGAAAUUUGACACGCUUUAAUGUGAUAAAUAUGAUUAGCAUUUAUAAUGAAGAAAAAACUUUAAUUGUGGUAUUUUUUGAAGUUGAAGCUUCAUAUAGUUCAGAUAUAAUUAUUUCCGUUUAUUUGACAGAAAAUUCGUUGCUUUUAUCACAAUGCGAAUAUAAAAAAGAGUCUGAUUUAAUAUAUAUUGAAUUUAUUUCAUUCGAUGAGGGAGAAAGAUUACUUUUAUUUUUUGAAAAUGAUGGUUUAGAAAUAAGAGAUCCUUACAACCUUGAGCAAUAUAAAUACUAUAAAGAUUAUAAACCCACUGCUUCAAGUUUUUUUAAAGAACUUUCCAAUUCCGAUGAAGACACUGAAAAAUUUAAAAAGUCAAAAAAUAAAAAAAUCUAUGCCGUAUCAGAUAGACAAAUUUUGGUUCAAGAUAUUUCUAAGAAACAAUGGAUCAAAUAUUUACGUGAAAAAUUAAGAGAUUAUAGUAAAAUAAGAGCUCUACCUAGAAAAGCUCAAAUAGAAGAUUUUCUGCAAAAUGUAUUAAAAGAAAUAGAUGAAAAUGAUAAAAAUGAUAUUGACAGUAAUAUAGAUGAAGAGGAACAGACAUAUGAAUCUAAAAAUUUAUUAGUAAAAUGGAUAGUAAUACAAGACAACAAAUUUAAUGUAGUAGUAGAGGCCAAGAAAGCCAUGAAAUUUGAUUCUACUGAAGAAGAUUGGGAACAUGUAGAUAAACGGGGGAUUUAUUCAAAAUAUUUAAGCGAUUCAAAACAAAGGUUUGUUUAUAGAUGUAAAUUAUUGGAUAAUGGAGAUUUGGCAAUGAUUACAUCUAUCGGCUUAAUAAUUUUGACAAUUAAACCGAAAGACAAAAUUAAAGACAAAAUUAAAUUGCGAUAUUACAGAGGAUCUGGAUUCCCUUUUAAUCAAAUAUAUAUAAAUUAUAUAAAGAAAAAACGACGAGAUAAACUAGAUAAUGAAGACAUUAAUAAAUAUAAAUUAUUUAUUGUAAAUAGAGAAAAUAUUCAACAAUUAUUCAAUGAAAUAAAAAAUCGUUCAUUACUAUGGCCAGAUUUUAAAACAAUUACUGCCUAUCACGAAGACAAAAAUCUACGUAUAAUUGAUAGAACUAAUGUUAACCCUUUUCAAGAAUUGAUAACCGAUUAUAUUAAUGAUAAAAUGACAUUAUCAUUGUAUGGACAAAAACUUUUAAAUAGGUUUUUAAAGAAUAAUAACUAUACAAUGACAGAAAGAUUGAUGACACAAUUGUAUACAAUUUGUAUUAAUAAGAAAGCAGAAGAAGGAAAAGAUAUCAAUUUAUUAGCAAAUAUUAAAUUAUUAGAUAUUGUCACCUUUAAAAUUAACGAAUUAUCAGUGAAAUAUCCUGACUUAUUGAAACAAUUUUUAUCAAAUACUUCGCUUAUUCCUUUAAGCACAAAUAAAGAUAUUGCGAUUGAAAACUCUUCUUCAAAAUUACAUCUUCAGAGUCAUGGAAACUAUUCGCAUCCUUAUAAUACCUCAUUCAUUAAUAAAAUUAUUACACGUUUUCAAACCAAUAUUCAAUUAUUUUAUGAUAAAAUGGAAUUGGAAAAAAUGCCAUUUGUCGCAUUAUGGUGGAGUGGUCAAGCUCUUAUUAAUUUCAAAUGGAAUGCCUAUGGAAAAUAUUACUUUCUGGCCAUUUGUACUUUUUAUUCAAUUUUUAUGGUUUGCUUUUUAAUAGUUGCUACUAUAGGAAAUGAAUUAUCUAAAAGUACACAAGAACAAUUAUUAAUCGCAACUAUAAUUCUUGGAGCUUUACAUCUCUUUUUUGAAUUCCGGCUAUUUAUUUAUUUUCCAUCAUAUUGGAUUAGAAAUCCUUGGAAUUGUUAUUUAAAUGAUUCAAAUAAUCCAUGGAAUCUUGUAACGACAUACUAUUCUGUUUCACAAAAUGGCUCUAUCUCUGCUACACUUACCGAACUUCCCAAUACAUCCACAAACAUAUUUUAUAAAUUUAAUCGUGAUGAGCUUCAUAAAAUAAUCAAAAGAGUGCAAAAAUUUAAAUGGGAUUAUAAGAACGAUGAAAUGCCAUUUAUUUCUGAUGCUCUUAAAAAACUUGUUAAUAUAAAGCCUGAAAACGAAGAAAAACAUAUUA